AUGAAUGCGAGUGGUAUUGACUAUGCAAUUGUGUCUCUGACUUGCCCGGGCAUGCAGGGCAUUUUGGACACUGGCGAGGCUGUGGAGCUAGCAAGAAAGACCAACGAUGCCAUUCACGAGCACUACGUCAAAGCUCAUCCGACUCGCUUCGGGUAUUUCGCUUCGGUUGCUAUGCAAAAUCCGGAAGAAGCGGCCAAGGAGCUUGAGUGUGCAGUCACUGUGCUGGGUGCCAAGGGAGUUUUGAUCAACGGAUUUACCAACAUUGACAAAAUAAAUCUUUCUCAGGCAGCCUAUGGUUUUGGUGUCGAGACUGCUGGUCAUACUCUCCACAUCAUGUGCUCGGGAGUUUUUGACAGAUAUCCCGUAUCGAAUUGA